CUCGGAAAAAAGCAAGUGCGUCUGGGCGUCUGCGGCCCUGCUAAAAAAACUAUGUGCUUCGGCAUUUACUCGAAUUGAAUAGACAGCGAUCUGAAAACCCUGUCUCCUGCUGACGAACUGCACGCAUUCAGAUCUAUAUUAGCUUCCAGUUCACUUUGCCGAGUCCCAAAACAAUCGGUCGCCUCCUGGCUCCUCCGUCGUCCGCCUCUAGGUGCAAAAUAUGUCUGACCUGCAACAACCUCUUGUGCGGCCUAAGCGAAAGAAAGUUUUGGUUGACUAUCUGGUCCAGUUAAGAUGGAUAGUCGUCAUCUUUGUUGUGCUGCCAAUUUCUUUCUUAAUCUACUUCGGAUUGUAUCUUGGCGAUGUGAAAUCUGCUAUGAAAUCAGAAAAGCGUCGCCAGAAAGAACAUGAUGAGAAUGUAAAGAAAGUUGUUAAUCGACUCAAGCAGAGAGAUCCCAAGAAAGAUGGUCUCGUGUGCACAGCAAGGAAACCGUAUAUUGCUGUCGGGAUGCGUAAUGUCGAUUACAAACGUGCUAGACAUUUUGAAGUUGAUCUCUCUGCUUUUAGAAAUAUACUCGAGAUCGAUAAAGAGCGGAUGGUUGCGAAGGUGGAGCCGCUAGUUAACAUGGGCCAGAUCACUCGAUAUACAGUUCCCAUGAACCUUGCUCUGGCAGUGGUUGCUGAGCUUGAUGAUCUCACUGUAGGAGGACUCAUCAAUGGUUAUGGAAUUGAGGGGAGCUCACACAUAUAUGGUCUCUUUUCUGACACAAUUGUUGCCAUGGAAGUUGUACUCGCCGACGGCAAAGUUGUGAGGUGCACGAAGGACAAUGAGUACUCCGAUCUUUUCUACGGGGUCCCUUGGUCUCAAGGAACCUUGGGCUUCUUAGUUUCCGCAGAGAUAAAAUUGAUACCAAUCAAGGAAUAUAUGAGGCUUACCUAUGCUCCUUUUAGGGGGAACCUACAAGAAAUUGCUCAGGCCUAUGCUGAUUCGUUUGCACCGAGAGAUGGGGAUCCAGCGAAGGUUCCUGACUUUGUCGAGGGGAUGAUCUAUACUCCGACAGAGUCUGUGCUCAUGACGGGGAAGUAUGCAUCGACAGAAGAAGCUAAAAGGAAGGGCAAUGUGAUCAACAGUGUAGGUUGGUGGUUUAAACCUUGGUUUUAUCAGCAUGCACAGACGGCUCUCAAGAGGGGUGAGUUUGUUGAAUAUAUUCCGACUAGAGAGUAUUACCACCGGCACACGAGAUGUUUGUAUUGGGAAGGUAAGCUCAUCCUGCCAUUCGCUGACCAGUGGUGGUUCCGAUGGCUUAUGGGCUGGAUGAUGCCGCCUAAGGUUUCAUUGCUCAAGGCCACUCAAGGUGAAGCUAUUCGAAACUACUACCACGAUAACCAUGUGAUCCAGGAUCUUUUGGUUCCACUGUACAAAGUCGGAGAUGCUCUCGAGUUUGUUCAUCGCGAAAUGGAGGUUUAUCCGAUAUGGCUGUGCCCUCAUCGAUUGUUCAAGCUUCCGGUGAGAACAAUGGUGUACCCGGAGGCAGGCUUCGAUCAUCAUCACCGACAGGGAGACACUAGCUAUGCGCAGAUGUUCACCGACAUUGGUGUUUACUAUGCCCCAGGUCCGGUGCUUAGGGGCGAAGUGUUCAAUGGUGCAGAAGCAGUUCGCAAUCUUGAAGAGUGGCUAAUUCAGAACCACAGUUUCCAGCCUCAGUACGCAGUCUCUGAGCUCACUGAGAAGAACUUUUGGCGGAUGUUUGAUGGCUCCCACUACGAGCAUUGCCGCCGUAAGUAUGGGGCUGUGGGGACAUUCAUGAGUGUAUACUACAAGUCCAAGAAAGGAAAGAAGACCGAGAAGGAGGUGCAGGAGGCUGAGUCUGAAAUCCUCGAACCAGCCUACGCCGACGAAGCUUAGCCCGACUAAUCUUGAUAAACUUGACGUAGUAGAACUAGCCACAUGUUUCUGUUUCGAUUUAGAUUGGAGUUGUAAUGUACCGAGACUAUGAGUUGUCGUUGCUUGCUUUACCAAGUUUGUUGCAGUUUGUUUGUGAACCAAUCUUAUUGUGCCUUGAAUAAGCAAAUGCUACCAUGUGAGUGAGUAUUAUGCCCUUCGAUAAA